AUGAUAUUCCAUUCAGAUGUGGAUAGCGAAGCUGAAGUAGAUGAGACGUUGAAGAAAGAUGCCAGUUUGGGAAACACACAUGAGAAACUUUUUGCCAGUGAGCUUGCUCGAGAAGACACUGAGCAGGAAGCAGAGAUGAGAUUUUACCGUGCGGAUGUUCAACGGACAGUGGAGCAGGCAGCCCAGAUGGGGCUGCUCUGCUCUUUCCAGGUCUGCUUUGUGUGUGGCAAGGGGGGGGCCACCAUCACCUGCCAGGAGACGGGCUGUGGCCGCAGGUUCCAUCUCCCCUGUGCCGUGGAGGGUCAGUGCGUCACCUGUUAUCUCCCACCGUUCAGAUCCUUCUGCCAGGAGCACCGCCCACAGCAGCAAGAGCUUGUGGCUCCAGAGAACACCAAGUGCCUCAUCUGCAUGGACCCUGUUGAAGGCAGAACAACCUAUGGGACCAUGGUGUGCCCAGCCUGCAAACACGCCUGGUUCCACAGAGCCUGCAUCCAGGGACAGGCUCUGUGUGCUGGCAUUUUGUGCUUACAGUGCCCUCUGUGUAGAAAUCAGAAUUGGUUUUUUCUUGAAAUGAUGCACAUGGGGAUCCAAAUCCCCAUAAGGUUGGUAUCCUCCUGUCUAGCACUGUGCCAUGCGUGGCCCUGCACCAGCAGUCGUGGCCCUCUGCUGUCCCCCCUGAGUCUGGGCUUCAGCUCCAUGGAGGAGCUGGAAACAGGGUGUGGGGAGAAGAGCGGGGAGGCCGUGCAUGUGCCUGAUGCUGGGGCAGCAGCAGGGGCUCAUCAAUUUUCCUUUCUCCACCAGACCUCCGUCAUGGGAGGACAACAAUGCAUACGCAGAACUUUACCAGAGGCACAGGAGCUGUGAUGCCAGGGAGUGCCUUUGUCCAGGAGGCAGAGGGGUGGCAGAGCCAUACGGGUAAGCUGCCAAAGCUGCACCCUGGGGCUCGGCACGGGAUCUCUGUCUCAGCAAGGGCUUGAAGCAGAAGGGCUGAGAACAAGAGCUCUGCUGGACGAUCCCGUGCUGUGGGCACUUUAUCCUUAGAGACAUGAACCCAUUUCUUUCCCCAGGCCCUGGCAGCUGUUGCUGUGCUGCUCCUGCGCUGCUGUGGGCACUCACAGACGCUGCUCCAGCCUGAGGAACAGCUAUGAGACGGGAUGGGAGUGUGACAGCUGUGCUGGCCUGGGCACCUGUAAGUG